AUGGCAGCAGCAGCUAGCUCCAAGGGGCGGGCGAUCGCUGGAAGCUUCGUCAGCCGCGUCCUGGGCGGCAAGGCCGCCUCCCCGAGGAGGGCCGUGCACGCCUCGGCGUACGACAAGAACCUGGAGGAGCAGGUGCGCCCGGCGUUCGUGCCGGACGAUGUGAUCGGCGGCGCCGGGAACCCCGACAAGUACUGGAGCCCGCACCCCAAGACCGGCGUGUUCGGCCCGGCGGCGGUGGACCCCAAGCUGGCCGCUGGCGGCGCGCCGGACGCCGCCGCGAAUGCUGCGGGAGGCACGGUGCUGGACCAGAAGGUGUGGUUCCGCCCGCUCGAGGACGUCGAGAAGCCGCCACCCGUCGCCUGA